CUGUGUGUCUUGACAAGUGAUGUUUUUCUCAACCCAUAUUAGCACUGGCAGCUCUAGAAACGGCGCUUAGCUAGCAAGCUGUCAGUCGUAACUAAAAAUACCUGGGUUAUAGCUUUACUUUACUUAACGUGAGCGUACUUUUGCACAUUUUACUCCCAGGUUUUAGCACAAACGAAGCAGACUGGACUGACUGCAUUUCAAUGGAGACCCUGUCGAAAACACCCGCUGCAGAUGCUAAGCGGGAGAAGGAGCUCUGUCCACCACCACCACCCAGUGGAGUAGUAUCUGACAGCAUGUCCUCUUAUAAAGAGUAUCCAGCUCACCGUCCCUUCGUUAACACACUUGUGCAUCAUCACACACCCCAGACACGCACACAUCAGUCCUUUCGCCCAUCUUCACCCAGCAAGGCAUUCCCAGAGACUAGCAGUGCAGCGAUCCUAUCUGCCUUGAGGAACCUCCAGGAGAAGAUCAGGAGGUUGGAAUUGGAGAAAGGACAUACAGAGCUCAGUCUGCACACUUUGGGGAAAGAUGCCUCACACACACAUCUGCAGAGAGAUAAAGUCGCACAGAGACCUUUAAAUGAUCAGACAGACACAGAAAGAGAGACCAGUGGCCAGUCCAACUGCAAUCAAGUGUUGAUCACCCACCUGGCUGCUGCAGAGUCUCGCUGUGUGAAGCUGGAGCGACAGCUGGACCACAUGAGGAGGAUGUUGCGCAAUGCCAAGGCAGACAGGACCAGCCUGCUCAAACAGCAGGUUUCCAAGGAGACAGCCAAGUCAGCUGAUCAUCAGUCUGACACAGUGUCUGAGCAUGCCCAGUUGGAGAAGCUGGAGCGGCUGGAGCAGGAGUAUCUGAGGCUGACACGCACACAAAACAACGCUGAGGUGAAGAUUCGGCAGCUGGAGAUGAAACUACAGGAGGAGGAGCAUCAAAGAAAGCUCGUCCAAGAUAAGGCCAAUCAGCUACAAACAGGCCUGGAGGCCAAUAGGAUCCUGCUGCACUCAGUAUCACCUUGCCUGUCCACCAGACAGUCCAAAGAGAAGAAUUCCACAUCAAAGAAAUCAUCGCCACAGCAGUCGUCCUACACAGAGCCACACUAUAGACUGAGCCUCAGAGAUGUACCUUUUGUUGCUGGAACGGUAUCAGUGGGCUGCAGCCACUCGGUCCGAGCCAACGUCCAGUCAGUUUUGUCUCUCCUGAAGCGACACCAGCCCCACCUCUGCAACAGCCGCGUCCUCUCUAACAGCGCAAACGGCUGUGAGACAGGUAGUCACAGGCAUUCGGACACUUCCUCCUCUUCAUCCUCCGCCAGCGGGGAGGAGCUGUCGGAGCUGCUGCAAGCACUGCAGGAGGAGCUGCGACUCAUGAGCUUGGAGCAGGACGAGUUGAUGAGGCAGGUGGAGGCCAGUGUUACUGAAUGGGAAAGAAAACAACUUCAGAGGGAGCAGGAGAGGUUGCUGCUGAAAAUGGAGAGAAAAGGAGAGCAGAUCAGUAAACUCUACAAACACAAAACACAGAUAAAGAAGUUAAGAAAGGAAGUGAAUUCUAGGCCAAACAGUGGGAAUGAGGUAAGAGUGACUACCACAGUGUCCACUAGAGGUCGCUCUGCCGGAGCAAUCAAAGUGAGACCAGGAGAGCGGAGCAAGAGGAACCUGAGGCUGCUGAGGGACAUGAAGGCUCUGCAGACCUCAUUACGGAACUGAAACCCAGCAGGAAACAGCACAUUAGGUUAAUCUUGUUGGUGCUAUCUACCUACCUAUGGCCAUUAUGUCACCAUCAACACAGCCACUGACUGAUGAUAACUACAGAAUGUGGCAGGCCAGUUAUCAUGAACUUAUGACCCAUGAUCCAUUGAUGAAAAAUUUAUAUUUUUUACUGUAUUAGGAACAUUUGCAUCUGAAAAAGCUGUGUCUUUUUAAACCAGACCUACGUUGUCUCUACCAGUCCACUCAAAGUGCAUUUUAUCCAAACAAGGUGAGUUUUCUGAUAAGUCAUUUUAAUAUAUUUAUAUACUAAUACUUUGGCAGAAAAAGAGGGCUUUAAUUUAUAAUUGACUUUAUAAAUUCUAUUAAAGAAACUUUUGGUUCAUGGGGUGUGUUGGCUCAAACAUCUGUCUGAACUCGCACUCCUGUUUUUAACCAGCAGAGGGCAUGACAGUUCAUCCUCAAAGCUUAGUGUGAGUGAAGAGCCAAUGUUUUUCAUGUAGUUUUCUGGGCAUGGAAACAAAUAUUACAGUAAUGAACAACCUGGACUUAAUGAGUCCCACAGAAUAAAAAAAUAAAAUAAUAUUUUCUUCUUUUUAUUAAGGAAGCCAAAAUAUCAUGGUGCUAAAACAUUCCUUGGUCAAUAUGUACAGAUUUUCAGAUAGAUAUUCAUAGUUUAUGCUGCAGCCAGCGCUAGUGUAAAGAAACUGCAGUGAUGAAUAGUUUGAUACAUAUUUCUGCAGUGUGGUUAGCCUAAUUGUUUGCUGAAGGACCUAAACAAACAUAUACUGUGCUCUAUGUGGUUAAAACGACUGAAUCUCCUCGAUUUAUGUGUCAUAUUGCAGACUCAGUAUGUGUGUGUGCAUGCGUAUUGUGUGUUAUGAUGAGUAUAUGUAGGGGAUUUUGAUAUUUUUUGACAAUGAUGGGUAACAUGUUUUUGAUUUAAAUGUAUUUCUUUGAGAAAUAAAAUAUUUAUGUUUGCAUUUGA